UAGAUACUUCAACCCACAAAGUAAAACAAAACCGUGCUCUGAACUAACGUGAAAACCAAACCAAUUUUCCACAGCCUACAUCCCAAGCUACGUCCAGGCCGGGGAGAAAUGUGUGGUAUGUUUUGACAAGUCCACCGGCACUCACUACAGGGCGAUGACAUGUGAAGGGUGUAAGGGUUUUUUCCGACGUACAGUGCAGCAGUUGAACAAUGGAGGCACACCUUACGAGUGCAAGGGCUCCGGGAAUUGUGUCAUCGACAAAAAGUCAAGAAACAACUGCCAGUACUGUCGCUUUAACAAGUGUCUUGCGGCCAAGAUGGAUACAGAGUCGGUGCUCAAAGACAUGCAGCGGACGCGCCUCCGCAAACUGAUUGACUCCAACCGCAAAGAGCGAGAAUUGAGGAAUAAGCGGACUUUGAGCGCUGAUGAGGGGAAGACUCUGACUAGGCUGGGCCAGCUUUUUCAGACCAGCCAGAAGGAGCUCCACUAUUUGUUUGUUUCUAAAGAAGAGGCGCAACAUAUAAAGGCCCAGCAGCAGCAGAAGGGACCAGGACAGAUAUGUAGCCCGGGAGUGAAACAUAUAAAACAGUUUAUCCGGAGCAUUCCAGGCCUUGACCAGAUUGCACUUAACGACCUUCUGAUCCUGGCCCAGCGGAACAUGCCAGACAUUUUUGCACUGGGCCUUGCAGAAAUCUUCAACACAAUGACUGGAGAACUGAACUUCUUUAACAGAAGGUUUCAGCAAUCAGAUUUGCAGGAGCAUGAAUGGAUUAAGCCACUUUAUGAGUAUGCCAAGUACCACUCAACUCUUGUCCAGCCAGGUGGAGUGAUCCUUGCUUGUCUCAGUGCUAUUCGUUUUCUUAAUACAGAUGACUUGGAGGUUGAGAAUGAGGAGAGCGUGCUCCUGGCGCAAGAGAAUCUCAUCAAGCUCCUAAUUAAGUACUUAGAGCAGAAACCAUCCAUUAAGUUGCACCAGGUUUUCAAGGGAUUACCAAACUUUGAAAACAUUCGAGAGCAUCUGAUGGACGAGUUCUCUGUCAUGUGCAUGCUCAAUGUAGGGCCUGCAAUCUGCGCCUUGGACCUGGUGCCUGAUUCGGCUACUUCUUCCAAUAGUUGCCGCAACGAUGCUGGCCCUUCCACGGCAGAGGUGUUGAAAAAAGAGCAAACAGGAGUCCAGGAUGGAGACCUCAAAGUCUCCAGCCCUCUACCCCCUCAGCACCAAGUUAAUGGCUGGUCUCCAGAAAUUGGCGACCUCAAGCCACUACCAAACUUGGUCACUAACACACAGGAUGCAACCCCACGUGACUCACAAGGUGCCAGUCCCCAUGACACACAUUCCAAGAAGACACAUUCCAAUGGUCUCACCAGUGCUCAUCCCCUUGGUACUCAUUCAGCCCGUAACGGUGCUCCUAGGAAACGGGCAAGUGAGUUGCCAGCCUUGCAUAAUGAGACGCACAGUAAAAUCGCAAAAGCUGCUCCCCUCAACCCACAACUCCCGAACAGCCUGCCUGCACGUUGUUCUCCCACUGACAGUCAGGCCAACCCCAUUCUCAAGCUCUGUACAGCAAGUGAUCCCACACGGAGCCACAACACGCCUGCUCAUUGUGAGGCGCCACACUUUCUGCAGACAUACUCUGCAAGCUCUCUGCCCGCUCACUAUGAGCCCUCCCAUUCUUCAGACAAUGGGCUGUAUGUGCCCAAGUCGAAUGGAUGUCAGAAUUAUGGAGGGAAAGACCCACCACUGAAUGGGCGGAGUGCUCAGUACAGAAACUCGAGACAUUUCAGAGAGUCGCUUGGUCCGAUCAGGGAGUCGUCUGGUCACAUCAAAGAGUCCCCUAGCAUUCUCAGGGAGUCUCCUGGUUAUCUCAGAGAGUCCCCUGGCCAUCCCAGAGAGUCCCCAGGCCAUCUCAGAGAGUCCCCAGGCCAUCUCAGAGAGUCCCCUGGCCAUCUCAGAGAGUCCCCUGGCCAUCUCAGAGAGUCCCCAGGUUAUCCCAGAGAGUCCCUUGGUUAUCUUAGAGAGUCCCCUGGUCAUGUCAGAGAACAGGCUCAUCACAGCAAAGAGUCUGGUAACUUUGGGAAAUCAUCUAGUCAUCUCAGAGAGUUUCGUCCCGUGAGAGAGUCAGAUAAUCCUGGGCUUGGAGACAGUUCUUCCUUCAGAGAGUCAGAUUUUUUCAGAGAACCAGCUCGAGAAGUUGCCACAGAUACUGCACUUGACCUGCGGAGAGUGGGAAAAUCUCAUAUGUUGCAGCACCAGCAGCUUAACCAAAUGAUGAUGGUAGAGAAAAAGGGCAACGGUCUGGCCUCCUCCUUUGGGGAAAAUGCUCUAAAGUUUUUGGGGGCUGUGGGAGGGCAAGAGGAGAGUACCUUUCAACAUCAAGAGCGGGCGAUGCGGAUUUCCCCCACACUCACAUACGUGCCAUAUUCUGAUGUACAUUCUUCGAGGCAAAGGAUUACUUUGUCUCGAAAUGAAAUUUCGAUGCCGCCACCUGCUCAAGCGCCGUCAUCCCACCACAUCGGUGUGCCAUACCCUCACAGUAGAGUCAACGGAGGCUCACCCAGCAAUCCAUCACUUUCACGCCCACCACUCCCAGAGUCCUUCUACCAUGCCUCAAGCUUGCCACUCCCUGUUCAUGACAGUGAAGAGAGACUCAGGUACAUCAGCCUCCCACCCCCCCCGACACACCCAAGAGCAGCAGCUAAGGCCAGUCCCCUCUCACAAAGUGCUUUCCCCAUCUCUGAUGCUCCCAGAGACAACUGGCAGUCUCCCUUUAUUUCCCCCUUGCGGCCGGCCCGGAGUGUUAGCCCUGGACUGACCCUUGACCUAAGUCUGCCCAAGAAGAACUCAAGUGCCAUACAAGAAUCGUCAGCCCCAGCUGACCAGGCGACAGCUAAAGCUAGCAAUGGAUCCAAGGGGCACAUGAAGAAACGCUGGCUACAAAAACACUCUGACGAAACACGACAAUAAAUGCAAACAUCUCACAGCCCCGCCAUUCUUCCAGGCUGAAUGUUUACUUUUGUUGACGUCAAGAGUGGAUUUAUCUCCUAUAUUAUCGUCUUCAUGAAUACGUAUAUAUAUAUAUGGUAGCAAAGAUUUUUACCCCCUUCCCCAACCCUGUUCCACAUGAAGUCUAGUCAGAACCACAGCACAGCUUGUGUCAUCUAGUCCCUCCUAUAGCUGACCCCUACAAUCACAUUAGCACUGUCCCAGACCUCUGUGCUCUCAGUUAGGAUGUAUCCCCAUGUCUAGUUCCCAGAUUUCCUUUUCUCCAAUAUCCGUGGUCACGUUUAGAGUCACACCCCAUGUUUGGUCCCCAGAUUUUUCUUUCCCCGACCCCUAUACUUCCAAUGUCACAUUAGGGCUAUGUCCCCAUGUCUGGUAUCCAGAUUCCCAGGUUCAUACAAAAGCAAAGCCCUAAUUACUGGUUAUACAACCUGUGCAGUCACACCUAGGGUUAUGUCCACAUUUUUAAUUCACCAACAUGUGCAGUCUCGUCAAGGGUACCAUACCCAUGUUUGGUUCCUAGGCACCAGUGGUCUCUUCUAAGGAUGCAUGCUCACAGACCACAGAAAACAAAGGAAUGGAACAUAUUUCUGUCACUAUUCAUAUAAAAGAAAAGGCAGCACAAUGUGCACAAUGGUUUCUGCACCAUGAAAGACAACUGCGGUUUUUACUCAGAUGUGCCCCGGUGCCUUUUUUUAAACACCUGUGUCCAGUGUCUCAUUGCUUGGAACCAAUGAUCAGGCAAAAGUUCCUGUUGUGUUCAGGGGCAUCUCCUCAGGAAUGAAAAAUUCGAUAUUAGCAACCCGGGCGUCAUUGAUAUGAUUUUUGUCUGUCAUUACGUCAUGGGACAGUGUUAAAAUAUUAUGUGCUGACUUAAAAAAUUUUUAAAAUU